GGAUAUAAAGCAUAAAGUAUAAACUUAUUAAAAACUUAAUUUUAUUGAUAGAUAUAUAGUUUAAAAAAAACUUAAUAAGUAUUGAGUGAGUACCUACCAUGGAAAAGAGAACGCCGUUAAAUCAUAUUCUGUGUAUAUAAAAAGCAAAUUUACCUCGUUUUCAUAAAAUCAACACACCACACCAUCAUCUGUGUGUGCAAGCUUCCGAUACCGGAAUAUUGUUUCCGGCCACUAUAGUAUUCUCACCGACUCGACGGAUCUUAUUGACCUAGUUGAAACCUAGGGGUGAAGGAGCUGAUCCUAGUAUAAUUUAUUUGUGAACAACAUGCCAACGGCGUCGUAUUGGUGUUAUCGAUGCACACGCUUUGUCAGAGUAGCGGAAGAGGACACGGUUGUGUGUCCUCACUGCGAGGGAGGAUUCAUUGAAGUUGUGGAGCCCAACGCGCCGCCGCGGCGACGUCUACCAGCCGCUGCGAUGUACAUGCUUCGCAACAGCGAUCGGUCAGAUCUGAGGCUCCGGCGUCGUGGUCGACGUAACAACGGAGACUGGUCUCCUUUCAAUCCGGUCGUCGUUCUUCGCAGUGUCGCUGACGUUUCGGCUAGCGGUGUGGACGAGAAUUCCGGAGGGGGAGAGAGAGGUUUUGAGUUGUAUUAUGACGAUGGGGCAGGUGCCGGCCUACAACCGUUGCCGGCGAUGAUGUCGGAGUUUCUGAUGGGGUCAGGAUUUGACCGAUUGCUUGAACAGUUAUCACAGAUCGAUAUAAACGGAUUAAGUCGUUCAGAACAGCCGCCGGCGUCAAAAGCUGCGGUGGAAUCGAUGCCAACGAUCGAGGUAUCGAGUUUACACGUCAGCACCGAAUCGAACUGCGCUAUUUGUAUAGAAGCGUUUGCUCUGGGUGCCGCAGCUCGUGAGAUGCCUUGUAAGCACAUUUACCACCCCGAUUGCAUCCUCCCAUGGCUCUCUAUGCGAAACUCCUGUCCCGUCUGCCGCCACGAACUGCCAACAGAUACAACGGAGUCAAUAGAACGAUCGGAGCCAAUCGAGGAAGAAUCAGCGGCAGUUGGAUUGACGAUAUGGAGAUUACCUGGUGGGGGAUUUGCAGUUGGCAGGUUCACCGGCAGCAGAAGAACCGGCAGUGGCGAGAGAGAGCUUCCGGUUGUGUACACCGAAGCUGACGGUGGGUUUAGUGACAAUUCCGGCUCACCAAGGAGGAUUAUGUGGGAAUCUAGAAGGUAUAGGGCGAGAGGACAGGGUGGAAUGGGUAACGUUUUCCGCAACAUGUUUUCGUUUUUUGGAAGAUUGAGAUCGUCUUCAAAUUCUUCCGACGCUAAUGGAGCAUCAAUGAACAGAAGUCGUAGUCUUUCAAGUUCAAUUUUCGGCAGAAUGACAAGGAGGAGAAGUAGAACUUGGAUAUUGGAGGAACAAAAUGGCUAAAGAAACUUUACACCAUAUAAAGCUGAAUUUUGUCAACAAUUCCUGCUUCAUGAUAUCAAGAAGACGAGAACAAGGUAUGAGUUUUACUUUAUAAAAUAGAAUAUAAAGCAUUCGAAAAUGGUUAUUUAAAGGUUAGUAUAUGGAUAACUUUUACUGAAAUAUCUAUAUGAAGUAUCUAUAAAGCUUGAAAAAACAAAAAAAAGAUCGAACUAAAUAGAAUCCAAUGACAAUUGGUUUUGACAAAAGAAAGUUGAUGGCAUUAAUUCUGUGGGCAAACUUUAUGCUUUGUGGAAUUGUGGAAUUGUGGAUUGUAAAUACAUGUGGAGAAAGCUACUUUGGUUAAAAAAAAAAAAAACAAAAGAAGAAAAGAAAAGAAAAGAAAACCUGUUACAAGUGACUUUAAUAUAUAACUUUAGCUUUUGUUUCUGGUAUUUGGUAUGGUAUUUGGUAUAGCGGAAUAUUGGGUUUCUGUUUAGAUUCUUGCAGAAAAAAGCUCUCAAAACUUUUUGUGGACCAUGUGUUGUUGUUCAGUGGGAAUAGAAAGUGUAUUAUUCACAUGUGCAAUAAUCUUUUUUGAUAUAUUGCGUUUUCAAAAAUCAUAAUAAUAGUAGUAUAUAAUGUUUGAGAAAUCUAGAUAUGUCACUACUUGUGUAGUUGUAUACAAACAAAGUUAGUGUAAGAAUUUGACAAGGGAAUAUGACAAGGGUUGGUGAAUGGUGAUUUUUUGGGAUAUAAAUUUUUUUAACUUCUUA